AUGUCAGCCACAAGUAAACCUUCCCUGGGUGAAGCCACCGAGAUCUUUGAGCCGCUGCGCUCUCGCAUAACCACAUGUUCUCUCAUUUCCUUCUGGCCACGGAUCAGGGAUUUUUCCAAUGGCUUCCUGGUAGCAGAAAUAUUCGCUAUCUAUUACCCCUGGGACCUUAGCCUCUCGUCCUUUAAAAACGGCACUUCUUUAAGAGUCAAGUUGGAUAACUGGGCGCAGUUGGAAAAGUUCCUGGCCAAAAAGAAAAUUAGAUUACCCAGAGAACUAAUCUACGGGACGAUCCACUGCAAAGCCGGCGUGCCGGAGAUCCUGGUCCAGGAGGUGUACAGCUUGCUAACACACCAGGAAACCCAAAGUAUCCAGGAAGACCUUGUGAACUUCACAGACUACAGUUACCAGAUGCAACUGCCUCUGCUCCCCAGGUCCACGGCCUCCAAGUUCAUUAAAGAUAACAUUAGGUUGUCCGAACUCAUGAGCAAUCGCAGCCUGCUCAGCAAUGAACUGAAAAUCGAUUUCCUCUUCCUUCUGCAAAUGUUGCAAAGGAAGUUAAGCAGAAAGAUGCAUCCAAGCAGGUUUGAAGUCAAACCGACCGUGGGAGAACUCACUCUGGACCACAUCUCUGCCCAGGCCUCUCGCCACAAGCCCAAAGCAGCGAAUCCAAGGCCACCGGACGUUCCUGUUCUACGUACGCGCUUUUGCUGUGGUUUCAUUUUUAACUUUUUAUCUGUGAAAAGGGAUUUUGUUUGUUUGUUUGUUUUGCUGUGUUCAUUGACAUUUUUAAAAAGAGCUAAAAUGCUGGUCUCAGCCUUCGGUCUAAAAUGAUGCCACAGUUGGUUGACUCGUUGUUUGCUCUUGUUUUCUUGUUAAUCCUCACCCAAGGAUGCUUUCCCAUUGAUUUUUAAAGAGAGUGGAAGGG